AUGGAUUGCAACAUUACAUAUGCAAAUGUGCAUGAGUGGACAUUCAUCAAUGAUAGACAAAAGGGCCUAAUUGCUGUACUUAAUGAGGAGGUACCUAGAGCUGAGCAUAGACACUGUGCUAAGCAUUUGCUAAGUAAUUUGCAGAAGAGGUUCAAAGGAGUGUCUGUGGAGGACAAGUUCUGGGCAUGUUCUAAGGCAAGCCAUGUACCUAUGUUCCAAGAUGCCAUGGAAAGGAUGAAAGAAGUAAGUAAAGAAGCUUAUGAUUGGUUGUCCGAAGAAUCCCCAAGGUAUUGGACUAGAUCUCACUUCAAUGAUACUGUUAAGUGUGACAUGGUGUGCAAUAAUCUAUGUGAGGCAUUUAAAAAUUCUAUUUUAGAGGCAAGAGAAAAGCCAAUAAUAGAAAUGUUAGAGUGGGUAAGAUGUUAUUUCAGCAACAGAAUGCUGAUUCGAAGAGAGUGGAUUCAGAAGUUCAGCAAUGAGUUACUAUCCAAUCCCUAUGCUAAGUUAGAGGAAUCCCUACAUGAGUCGUCAGCAAAGAAAGAUAAACCAGAAAGGUAUAUCCAUCAUUGGUGCUCAAAGAUAAGUUACAUUAAUGCAUACCAACCACUUGUGAACCCUACCAAUGGGUACAAAAUGUGGCCAAAGACUGAAUUUAGCCCUGUCCUACCACCAACUGAUAGGAGAAAGCAAGGACGGCCAAAAAAGAAGAGAAUUCUUGGGGCAAAAAAGUACAUCAACCCAAAAUAUCCACACAAGUUGAGGAAAAUUGGACAAAAUUCUAUUUUUUGGAGUAAAUGUGGUCAACAUAGCCACAAUAGAAGGACAUGUACUGCACCUAUGGCAGAGGAGAGUGGUGAUACAAGUAGGGCUACCACUAUUGUUGCCACCAGUGUUGAUGUUGGAGUUGGUAGGGGAGGUGUGCAAGGUAGGGGUGAAAGGAGUGGUGUGUAG